CAACAGCAAGAAUGUCUACACAAAAACCAGCCUCCAAGCUCUCAUCCAUUAUCGCCACAAACAAACCAAUAGUUUUGGACGGCGCCCUAGCAACAUAUCUGGAAAUUCUAGGCGCAGACAUCUCAACCGCUCUCUGGUCCGCAACCCUUCUAACAACGGCACCGCAUCUGAUCACACGAGCGCACUACGACUACUUCGCAGCGGGCGCUUCAAUCGCAAUCACCGCAUCCUAUCAAGCCGGUAUCCCGGGACUAGUCCAGCACCUCAACAUCGAUGAAGCAUCCGCGCGUGACCUUGUCAAGAAAAGCGUAGAGUUGGCGGGAGAGGCGCGGCAUCAAUUCCUCACCACAUCCUCCGAGGCGGGAAAUGAAAGAGGAAGGGAUCUGUUGAUCGCAGGAAGUGUAGGACCCUACGGCGCAUACCUCGCCAAUGGCAGCGAGUAUACCGGAUCCUACAGCGCGACUAUGACUGCAUCCUCUCUGAAAGAUUUCCACCGCGGACGUGUCGCUGCGUUGAUUGAAGCUGGCGUGGAUUGUUUGGCUAUUGAGACGAUCCCGUCGUAUGUUGAGACGGUCGCGCUGUGUGAGUUGUUGAGAGAGGAGUUUGCAGGUGUGGAGGCGUGGUUCGCGUUUACGCUUUAUCAACAAUCCCCGGAAGAAAUUGAAAGGGAAGGGGAUGGUGGACCACGGAUCCCAGAUGGGACGCCGAUGGCGGAUGUCCUUGCGUUGUUGGAGAAAGAGGAUAGUGUUGUUGCGGUGGGGGUAAAUUGUGUGGCCGAGGAGGUUGCGAUGGAAGCAUUAGAGGGAAUGAAGGGAUUGACGAAAAAGCCGUUUGUUGUGUAUCCGAAUUCGGGUGAGGUGUGGGAUGCGGUGGGUAGGAAGUGGGAUGGGGAGAGGAAGGGAGGGGAUGGGUUGGUGGCGAGGACCAAGGGGUUUUGGGAGAUUGGGGCCAGGAUAUUGGGAGGGUGCUGUAGGAGUACGCCCGAGGAUAUCAGUGUCAUUGCGAAGAUAAUGGAGGGAUUGCAAGAGAUCUAGU